GGGCAGAGAAGGCUGACUUUCACAUGAUCCAAAAGCCCUGGAAUGCGUUCCCAGGAGUGAAACCACCAUCCCAGCCAACCACCACGCUCCACCUAGGCAGGGCUCAAAGAUACUGGAGGAGGCCUUGAAAAACCCUGCAAAGUAGCCAUGCUUUUCUCAAGCUCAUCUGUAUGCAAAUCCAUGUCCAGAUGGUCAAGCCAAACAGAACAGAAAACCCACAGAGAUGUAAAGAAACAGGUGUUUCCACACACUAGAGGACUAGAGCCCAACACUAGGAGACGCUGAGUUGAACGGCAGACGGGCUCUCCAUGCGGCGUCGCGUUCAGCGAAUGUAACGUACUCUCUCUCGGCUGGUUGGAUGAAGGCGGUGCUAGAAGGUGGCCAAGCAGCAGGGCCUUGCCUUUGUGGGUGUAGAGAGAGAAGAUGGCUCCCGUUCUGGACAAACACCUCCCCGGUGCAGCCGGUUCGGGCGAAAACAACACCGAAGACGAAGAAGGACAAAGCCUCUGGUCCUCAAUACUGAGUGAAGUUUCUACCAGAUCAAGUUCAAAGUUGCCAUCAGGAAAGAACAUCCUGGUGUUUGGUGAGGAUGGAUCGGGAAAAACGACGCUUAUGUCCAAACUUCAAGGAGCUGAACACAACAAGAAGGGCAGAGGACUGGAGUACCUUUACUUAAGUGUCCAUGAUGAAGACCGUGAUGACCUUACUCGCUGCAAUGUGUGGAUCCUGGAUGGGGACCUGUACCACAAAGGCCUUCUUAAGUUUGCUGUGACAGCUCAGUCGCUACCUGACUGCCUCGCCGUGUUUGUUGUGGACAUGUCUCGACCCUGGACCAUUAUGGAGUCCUUACAGAAGUGGGCCAGUGUGCUCCGUGACCAUGUGGACAAGCUAAAGAUUCCUCCGGAGGACAUGAGAGAAAUGGAGCAGAGGAUGGUAAAAGCUUUUCAAGAAUACAUAGAACCAGAAGAUGGCACCCCGUCCUCCCCACGCCGGGCCACAACAUCAGGAGAAGAUGAGGCUGUUGUGUUACCACUCGGAGAAAACACACUAACACACAACUUUGGCAUUCCAGUGCUAAUAGUUUGCACUAAGUGUGAUGCAGUCGGUGUUCUUGAGAAGGAGCAUGACUUCAGAGAUGAGCACUUUGAUUUCAUCCAGUCCCACAUCAGGCGGUUUUCCUUACAGUACGGAGCUGGUCUGAUCUAUACCUCAGUCAAAGAGGAGAAGAACCUGGACCUGCUUUACAAAUAUAUUGUACAUAAGUUGUAUGACUUUCAGUUUGUUACACCUGCAUUAGUGGUGGAGAAAGAUGCAGUGUUCAUUCCAUCAGGAUGGGAUAACGAGAAGAAAAUUGGGAUUUUGCAUGAAAACCUCUCAACAGUUAGACCAGAAGAUCCAUUUGAAGAUUUUAUCACAAAACCUCCAGUACGAAAGCUGGUUCACGACAAAGAGAUUAGUGCAGAAGAAGAGCAGGUAUUCCUCAUGAAGCAACAGUCUUUGCUAGCAAAGCAGCCGGCUACACCAACAAGAGGAGCAACAGAAUCUCCAGGACGACCAGCUUCAGUGUCCCCCAGGCCUGCUGGUCGUGGUCAACCCACUGUAAGCAGCAGCUCGCCGUUAUCUGCUGUCAAGAAGCCUGACCCCAACAUGAAAGCGGGGGCUGCAAACGAGGGAGUGCUGGCCAAUUUCUUCAAUAGUCUGUUGAGUAAAAAGACAGGAUCACCAGGAAGCCCAGGAAGUGGAGCGGUUGGAGCUGGAGUGCAAGGCUCUGCCAAGAAAACAGGGCAGAAGCCGGGUUUGACUGAUGUCCAGGCAGAGUUGGACCGAAUGACUCGCAAACAAGACUCCAUGGUUCCAGCUAACAACAUACCACCGACGGAGAACGAAGCGUGAAGGCAGCAAAACCAGCUUCAUUGUGUACUGCUUUAUUACCCUUGGAAAAAAUCGAUGUACAUGUGAGCAUAAAAAGCAAAAAAAAUGACCACUUUCCCAACGCCUGUAUCAGUCAGCACACACCAAAUACGUUUCAGAUGCUAUAGAAAGUCUCAGAAAGAUAUCAGAGGAGGGGGUAUUGAUGAGAUUAUAACUGCUGAGGGCCUGGCCUUAUCCUCUCCUCUUCUGCUGGGGAUGUUAUUGUGGAUUUUUUGGGGGGAUGUGCACGCUCCCUGGCAGCCAGUCUGAUUCACUGGGUUGCAGGCCCCGGUUUUUUGGGGGUACAUAUCGCGGAUUUCAAGAGUGCUAUGAUACUGGUCCUGUGGCGCCUGGUUAUGCCUGAAGGAUUAUGUUUGACAUUGGAAGGUAUUUAUCAAAUACUCACAAACACAUGUAAUAUGUCAAAAAACAUUUGAUUCUGGUGUAUUUAUGCAAUGCUCCUCUUUAUUUUAUUUUCUGCUGGUUUAAGGAUUAUCGGUUCAGUGCUUAAAAAAAAAAAACUGACAUGAUUCUAAUGACAUGACAGCAUAUCAUU